ACAGCAUGUAAACAUUAUUUUGAGAGACAAAAACUCAGAAAAUCAUUUAUUGUUGAAGUGACAGUCAGUCAAAACUGAUUUAAAUGACAACAGUAAUAAUUGAACCGCUGAAAUCAAGAAUCUAAUACGCCUUUAUAUUUUUUGAAGUUAAUCAAUAGAAAAAUGUCUGCUCAAAGUUUUCACUUCAGCCAGGAAACACCCCCUGAUUCCAUGUUUAGUGAUAUUCAGACACUGAACAAGUUCCAAGAUGAGCAAUUUGGGCAUUUGGUGCAGUAUGUGUUUGAAUUCCUGACAGAUCCAACGAAGUCCUCUCGAUUAUUUGGUCAGUUGGAGGAUUUUGCUGCUGAAAAUGGCGUCAGUGGGAAUGCUUUAAAAAAUGUCUUCAAAAGCAUUUUAUCUAUCCCAAACAGUGCAUUGAAAAAAAGCCUGAGUCCAGAACAAAUAAAAGAAGACUUGGAUAACCUUGGUUUGUCGGAAGGAAAAGCCAGUUAUUUUGUGGAUCAAUGGAGGGCCAAUCUUGUUGGGCUUUCACGGAGCGCCCUCGGGCAAACUUUGAUGGUCAACCAGCUUGUUGAUAUGGAGUGGAAAUUUGGAGUGACUGCAGCUAGCAGCGAGCUUGACAAAGUGGGUAACACAUUCCUUCAGCUCAAGUUGGUCAUCAAUACUGGAAAUGGGGUCACCAACUCUUAUAUGGAACUGACACUGCCCCAGUUCUACUCAUUCCUUCAUGAAAUGGAAAAAGCCAAAGCCAGUUUGGAAUACCUCAGUUAGCUUGACGGGAUUACUUGUGCAAUGGAAUUUUACUGUGAUGUUUGGGAAUAUGAUACAUUCUCAUUCAAAGUUUCAAACAUUUUCAAUCAUUAUGUGUAUGGCGUUCAGGAUAUUCCCAUAAACCUUAAUGCAAUAUGUUGCAAGAGAAAAUGCACCAAUAUGAUUGCAAGAUGUAAUAUGUAUUAAAAUGAGCUUGUCUUUAAAGCUGCACUCUCACAGAUUGAACUUUUUGACAACUUUUUUAUUUUUUGUCUCGGAACGAGCCAAUUUUUGCGAAAAUCCAUAGAAACCAGUUAUAUAAGACUGCUAACAAAAAAUCAGAUCGCAGAUGUUUAUAUUUUAGUUAAAAAAAUGAUGUUUUAUGCAUUUUUCUUAAACCGUUAGUAACGGUUUAGGCCAUAAAACAUUAAUUUUCCAACGGAAAUAUGAAAAUCUACGAUCUGAUUUUUUGUCAGGAAUCUAAUAUCAUUGGUUUGCAGAUAUUUAUGCAAAAAAAUGCUCUUUCCAAGACAAAAAAUAAAAAAAAGUUGUAAAAUGGUAUACCUGUGUGAGUGCAGCUUUAAAGUAGGCCCUGUCUGUAAGAUAGUGCAUUAAUAUGGUGAACUUCCAAAUGUUUGAUGCAAUACAUGUAUGUUAAUAUAGAUUUUAUACAUAUUAUAAUUCACAAACAGUAUGUAUAUUUGUUAUCUUUUGAUGAUAAAUAAAAUUACCCUAUUAAUCU